AUGUCUGCAGAUUUUGAUGCUGCGCCACGUUUGAGCCUGAAUGUGAGAUAUAACAGAAACGACCAAGGCAACAGCGGAGAGGAAGAGGAGAGUCAGGUGGAGAUCUUAGAGGAUGAAGAGCAUCACACUGAUCUCAGGCCACAAAGAGCCAGACCACGCAAUCCUGCAGUCGGCAACAGAAGGUGCUUCAGAGCUACUGCAGUGAUUCUGGGAGCGUUUUAUCUUCUGAUAUUGGCUGGACUCAUCAUUCGCCUCACUUUGCUGCAGACCAGAUACGACCAACUGAGCAACAACUACAAUCAGUUACAGGAUGAAGUAAAGCAGCUGAAGGACAGAACUGAAGUAACUUUGCUGCAGACCAGAUACGACCAACUGAGCAACAACUACAGUCAGCUCCAGAAGAAAGUUUCAGAUAAAAGUUGUCCUGACGGAUGGAAGAGAUUUGUGUUCAGUUGUUACUUUAAAUCUAAAGAAACGAAGAUUUGGACCGGAAUCUUAGAUGACUGUAAGAAGAGAGGAGCAGAUCUGGUCGUCAUCAACAACGAAGACGAACAGAAGUUUGUCACUGAGCUGAGUAAGGAUGGAGAGUCCUGGAUUGGUCUAGUGUAUAACCCGAAACUAGAAAAAUCGAAACCCGAAUGGACAUGGGGAUGGAUCGAUGGAUCACCACUGACAGAAACGUUCUGGGCAGCAGGACUGCCUCGCAAAGACGUAUACAUGUACAUGUACGGUACAACAUGCUGCGAUCAACAAGGAAAAUGGACACAAAGUCAUUAUAAUGACCUUAAGAACUGGAUCUGUGAGAAAUAGAUUACCUGCAUUCUUUGAUGACAGAGGGGUGUGUAGUAUUGGGAUCAGCUUUGUCAAAUCAGAAUAAUUAACAUUUUGCUCAGCUGUUUAUUCUGUGUUGCUAAAUAACAUGGAUUACAGAGAUAUUGUUCCUCUGCCCUUCAUAGUGCACAAUCUGGUUAGAAGUCAAGAGCACUUACUCUGUAGUCCUACAGCAUUAUAAUAGUAAAAGCAAAUAAAAACAUGGAAUUGCAGGUUGUCAGCUUAAAGAACAUUUUACACACGACCCAA